AUGGCAAGGAAAUGCACGUAUUGUGGGAAUUCUGGUCACAAUUCAAGGACUUGCAACCACAGUGCAAAUAAAAAUUCACAUGAAAUAUCUUAUUCUUACUUAACCUCCGGUGCCAGCAGUAGUGGUCUUAUGUCAACGAUCAAAGACAAUAACAAAGGAUUGGCAUGGAGUGAGGAGGAGCACCGUAUAUUCCUAGAGGGGAUGGAGAAGCUGGGGAAGGGUAACUGGAGAGGCAUAUCCAGAUGUUUUGUGAGAACAAGAACACCCACUCAAGUGGCCAGCCAUGCACAAAAGUAUUUUCUCCGUCAGACUCGCCGGCGGAACACUUUCAGAUCAAGAAAACACCGCCUCACCCUAGCAAAUGAGGGCACUAGGAAUAGCGAUGCCGUUGUUCUAUCUCACUGGCUUGCCUCUGCAACUUCAACAAAUUGCACCUCAAUUCAAGGCGCAGCAGCUCCUGAUUUAGAAUUGAAACUUGCAACUCCCUCUCCCUCCCUCUAA